CUCUGGAAGGCAACACGGAAAUGUCGGUGGUCGUGGUUUGAUUCUCGGCUUCUGUGUCGGAAUGACGGAGUAACAUGUACCGAGGGGGCAGCUGAAGACUUCUGCUGACUGGAGGCUUUCAGGGAACGUCGGACGAGCUCGACUUCCAGCAUGUUUUCAAAGAAGACAGCGGAGAAGUUCGAGCUGUGGGGCAAACGGAAGGGCAGAUCCUCACAGCCCCUUCUUCCUCAGUUGCCCAUCCCAAGAAGCUACGACUACGUCCUUGUUGCUGACAAGAUAGACGACGAAGAGGACCAGAGAACCCUCAGGCAGAAAGCCUUCAUUGAGCAACUGGAAAAGAAGAACAUCAGCGUCACAAGAGUCGUCCAUGAAGAAAAGAUAUUUUUCGGCCUUCGAGCUCCAAAAGAAAUAUUUGACGAUUACCAGUACCUGCUUAAAGUGUCAGACUCUUGCAACUGGUGUGGUGAUGAUCGGAGCAGCGUUAACCAAGCUACUAGGAUCAGGAUUGUUCACUUCAUCCUCAACAACACCUUCAUCAAUACAGGAGAGAAUUUACUUGAACUUCUGGAGAAAGAUGCUUUUGAGACCAUUUUCUGCCUCCAUGAGAGGAGAGAACAGAAGGAGUUGAGGAACAAAUGGGCUCGAUGGACAGCGCUCUUCACCAACCAGCCAGUUGACGAUGUCAAGUCUUAUUUUGGAGAGAAGGUGGCGCUCUACUACCUCUGGCUUGGCUGGUACACAAAGCUCUUGGUCCCAGCUGCUGUCCUCGGUGUUGUAGUGUUUUUGUAUGGGCUGGCCUUCUUCAACACCAAUCUUCUAAUUAAGGAAGUGUGUGAUUCCACUGUGAUCAUGUGUCCUCGCUGUGACGGUGACCGGUGCCAUGUUUGGAAGUUGUCCGACACGUGUGUGUACGCCAAGGUGAGUCAUCUGUUUGACAACGAGGGCACUGUGGCGUUUGCUAUGUGCAUGGCCAUCUGGGCAACUCUCUUUCUGGAGCUGUGGAAGAGGCACAGGGCUCGACACGUGUCCAAGUGGAAGGUCUACGACUGGUGCGAGGAGGAGGAGGAGUUGAUACUAGAAAUCGUCAACGACCCAAAUUGUGAACCCAACAAGUUCAGACAUUCUUACUUUCGCAGCACUCUGGUCCUGGCUCUGGUGACUCUCAUGUUGAUGCUGAUCAUAGGGCUGGCUCAGGCCUUGGUGGUGUUUCGGGUGGUGGCUGCCCCACUGAUUUCCGAGGGCAGUUGGGAGUUUGCCCGGGAUCACGCCAACACAGUCGCUGUCAUGAUCGGAGCCGUUCUACACUACGUUACUAUCCAGAUCAUGACUCGGGUGAACAGAUGGGUGUCUCUGAAGUUGUGUGAAAUAGAGAAACCAAACUCGUUUGCUGCCAUGGAGAGAAACUUCACCGUCAAAAUGUUCACGUUCCAGUUCUUUACUCUCUUCUCUUCCCUGUUCUACGUGGCCUUCUUCCUGGGCAGGAUUAAUGGUCAUCCAGGAAACUACAGUCGCAUUUCCAAGUGGAGACUUGAAGAGUGUCACCCGAGUGGCUGCUUAACUGACCUCUUCAUCCAGAUGGCUGUCAUCAUGCUGCUCAAGCAAACCCUCAACAACAUCUUUGAGUACACCGUGCCGCUAGUCAAGCGCUACUUUGCUCGGAAAAUGACCAAAAAACUGCGCAGGAUGUGCGGCCGAUGUUACCGAAAGUCGUGUCGUAGAGAGCCCUGCGACAUCUGUAAGCUUCGGGACUGGCUGAAGAACUAUAAACUGACCAAGACGGAUGCCUUCAGCCUCUUUAAUGAGUUCUUGGAAAUGGUGGUUCAGUUCAGCUUCACCACCAUAUUUGUGGCGGCGUUCCCCUUAGCACCUCUGCUGGCUCUCAUCAAUAACAUCUUCGAGAUUCGCCUGGAUGCCAUCAAGAUGGUUCGGCUGGAGCGGCGGCUGGUGCCCAGAAAAACCAAUGACAUCGGAAUAUGGACGAAGAUUCUGGAAGCCAUUGGCGUGCUUGCGGUGAUAGCCAACGGCCUGGUCAUCGGCGUGUCCUCCGAUUUCAUUCCUCGCCUCGUGUAUCGCUACCGCUACGGACCGUGUGCCAAUGGUUUCAAAGAUAUUCCCUGCAUGCAGGGAUACAUCAAUGACACGCUGUCCAUCGCAUCCAUGCGACACAGCAACGUCAUGGCAGACUUCGACCUCAAACAGAUGGUGGUGGAUGGGAACUUCAACGUCUCAGAGUGCAGCUACAAAGACUACAGAAGUCCCGAGGACUACUCCCUGACCUCACAGUUCUGGACUGUUCUGGCUGUGAGGUUUGCCUUUGUCAUCUUGUUUGAGCACGUGGUGGUGGUGUGUAAGUUCAUCGCCGCCUGGUUCGUCCCCAACAACCCGAUGCAUGUGAAGAACGAGCGGCUGCAUGACAAACUGGCCCGGUUAAAAGAGGAGCUCACGGAACAGAAGCCCAAAAAGUGCACAGAAGUUUGAGUCACAUGGACUGAUGGACACUGCCGGCACAGCAGUGACGGAUCAUGAUGGCUUUUUUUUGGUCAUGACUGCUCAUUUCACUGAAAUUCCUCACAGAUGCAGCCUCUACCAAGAUGGCUUUUCCUUCAUAGCUUAGUCAGGCGUGACUUGUACGCCCUGAAAAUGCAGGAACCGAGGAAGGUCAGUGGACAACAGACCUUUUGUCCUGCACGGAGACUCCUGUCUCUCAGAAAGGACCACCCCAUCAAUCUGCAUCACUCUCAUGCUGGAACCUUUUUAUGCUGUCGCCGUGACAGUUUUUCUCUCACACAACGAGUGUGUGACGUUUUUAGAAAAAAUAAAAUCCUCAAGACAAAA